ACAGCUGUGGACGCUUCUUGUACCCUCCUCUAUUGAAGCCACGUCACCAUGCUACUCCGUGGAUCGUGUCCACGAUUAUUUGCAAACAGAAAAGAUCGGUGUUCUGUUGGUAAAUAAUAUAAAACUCUAGAACUGAAAACAGCUUUAGAUGAGCGUGCCUGAACUACGGGUGAUAUUUUUGGUGCCGAUGCGGCGAGUGGAACAUUUCACAAGCAAACAGGGUUGAAUUCUACUCAAUUGGUAUAUACAGUGUCAGCAGUGACCAUCCGACUUGGUGCAUUCCGGCGUCGCGUUCAUGUGGAAGACGUGACCUCAUGUUCGACAUUGGUGAACAUUCAGUUUGAAAUUGGACUCAAUGACUUUGGAACUAUGCGUUUUGCCAGAUGAUGUUUUCGAAGUUUUACACUGGACUCGCCGUGUGUAAGGAACACCAUCAGUGAUGUGUCUUGGAGUUGGCAUUAAGUCGGUUGUAUUCUUACGUUUCUAGGUCAAAUUAUACUCAGAGUGACUUUCUUGGAAAAAUGGCGCCAUCGAAGAAGAUCAUCCAAGUCAUAUUUCUGACUUCAAUGAUGUGGUUUAGUGUUGAUGUUAUGCUGUUAAUCACAUACACAACAGCUCCGGAGGCAAACUUUAGCUUGAAGCUACCCCAAGCAUUCUUUGGUGGGGACAAGAAACACGAACGGGAUGAGAGAGGAGGUAGUAAGAAACUGAACGUCCAAAAGUCCGGACUUGGUGAGGAUUUUCACGUCAACCAGGAACGGGAUGGUAUCGCGGUGGGUGAUUCGAACCGUAAGAACGGGGUGGUUCACCCCGGUGACGGCAUAGAGAGAAAUGGGAAUGUGGCCCACUUUAAUCAGAGGCCAAACUUUGAAAAGGUGGAGGACACCAACAAACAACGCAUACCUGAUGGAGAUGAAGGUGGGAAUGACGGAGGUAGAAGGAAGGAAAGCGGUGAUAAAAGCAUCAAAGGAGAAGUUCAAGGGAAAAGUUCAUUGUCAGAGUCUAAAGUUACUGAGACCACAGGAGAAAAAGCUGACAAGCCACAACAAGAAAUAAAGAAACUCCCAGCAUUUCAUCCUGUCCGUGACCUCGACGUGACCUCUAAACCACAUGACUUAGACGGCCCUGGGGAGAAGGGUAAACCAGUUAAGACCGACCCUGAAGAUGCAUCCAAGGUUGCUAUUGGUUUCAAACAUGCGUCUUUUAAUGAGUAUGUCAGUGAUUUGAUAUCACUGGAAAGAUCCUUACCAGAAAGGAGACCACCAGAGUGCAGGAUAAAGAAAUAUUCGGACGAUCUUCCGGAUACCAGUAUCAUCAUUUGCUUCACUGAGGAAUCGUGGUCCACGUUACUACGCACGGUACACAGCGUGUUGAAUAGAUCACCACCUGACCUAGUUAGAGAGAUCCUAUUGGUGGAUGAUUUCAGUCAGAGAGACUACCUGAAGGAACCCUUAGACGAAUACAUGGCCCAGUUCCCCAAGGUCAAGAUCAUCCGUCUCGAGAAGAGAGAAGGGUUAAUCCGAGCUCGGCUCCGGGGGGCUGAGGUUGCCCAAGGUGCAAUCAUGACGUUCCUUGAUUCACACGUAGAGUGUCAUGUUGGAUGGUUGGAGCCUCUACUACAACGUAUAUGGGAGGAUAGGACAAGGGUGGUGUGCCCUGCUCUGGAUAGCAUUGAUGCUACUACGUUCAGUUAUGCUGGCUCUGCUGAUAUAAUGGGAGCUUUUGAAUGGGAUCUACAGUUCCACUGGGUCGGCAUACCAGAACGAGAGCAGAAGCGGAGAAAAGAUGACUCCUACCCAAUAAGGACUCCUACCAUUGCCGGAGGUUUAUUUUCGAUAGAGCGUAACUGGUUUUAUGAGUUGGGUUCGUAUGAUAAAGGAAUGGAUAUAUGGGGAGGAGAGAAUAUCGAGAUAUCGCUCAGGACCUGGAUGUGUGGUGGUUCAAUGGAGAUCCUACCCUGCUCAAGAGUGGGACAUAUAUUUAGGAAAACACAGCCUUAUAAAUUCCCUGAAGGAAAUAUGAUAACCUUCUUGCGAAAUACUCAACGUGUUGUUGAGGUAUGGCUGGAUGAAUACAAGCCGAUAUUUUACUCCAAAAGACCAGAGUUACGUAAAAGAAAAUUUGGUGACGUAUCAGAACGAGUCGCCCUCAGAGAACGUCUCAAGUGCAAAGAUUUUAAGUGGUAUUUAGAAAACGUCUACCCAGAAAUCGUGGUUCCUGAUAUAGACGUCAGAGCACGAGACGAGCUUAGAAAUCUAGGCAUUAAUAAAUGUGCCGAUUUCAUGUUGAAUAAGGGACCACAAAUAUCGUUAUUUCCCUGUCACGGACAAGGCGGACACCAAAGUUUUGAGCUGAGUAAGAAGGGACAUGUGCAAUAUGAUACUCGUUGUGCCACUGGCAAGAGGAAUAUACCCAAGGUUAUGAUGUUUAGCUGUAAAUCAAAGGAUACGUUGACCUUUGAACAUUCCAAGGGAGGUGAAAUGAAAGAUGUAGAUUCCCAAAAGUGCCUUGAUUUGUCACUAGAUCGUCAGUAUGUCAUUCUCGCAGACUGUAAUGGCAGGCAAACUCAACGUUGGCGAUGGGGUGCAUAUCUUAAAGACUAAACUUCAAAAUGUUGUGCUCCUCUGAAAACCCCCAAGAAGAAGUCAUUUUGUCUCCUUUCUGUUGUAUCGAUAAGCCUUAAUACCAAACCGAGGUUAGAACGGCAAAAUUGUAUGGUUCUUCUUUAGUAUAGUGUGGAUCAGUGAAAUGAACAGGUAAGCACGUAGGGUAUGAGACCAAUACAUCAGAAUAACAGGUUGUGUCAUGGCCGAAUAGUUAAGAGCAGCAGAUUCAAACUCUGGUGUUUCUGAUCAGCAGUUUGUGGGUUUGAGUACCAGUCGUGACACGUGUGUCCUUAAGCACGAAUACUUACAACCACGAUGAUUUGUCAUUCGGAUGGGACGUAAAGCUGUUGGUCCCGUGUGUUUUGUAACGCACGUAAAAGAACCAAGUCGAUUAUCGAAAA